UGAAUAGGAAAUCAAAAGUGAAACAAAUAAUUUUAAAUUCAAACUUUCAAGAUUAUCUAUCUAGUUAGUAAAAUAAUUUAAACAGUGUGUGUGCCCUAUUCUUAACUAGUAAAUUCUCAUGGUAAUAAAGAGAAUGAUAUAAUUGAUACUAUUAUCAUUAUUUAAAAUAAAUCAUGGCUUUUCUCUAUGAAGAAGAUGUUAUCAGCGAUAUUAAAAAUGUCGUGCAUGAAAGGCUUGCUGAUUAUUCUUUGCAAAAUGACUGCAUAUCGGUUGAUUUGGCUGAUCAGUGCAAUGAUAGUAUGGGUGUAGAUGGAGUAAACUUAACAAAGUUAAAAGCUACUGACGAAAUCUUGUAUGAGAUAUUACUCCGGCCAGAGCAAGAAGCUGCUGCUAAAGCAGCAGAGGCAUCCCAUAAUGUUAGUACACAUAAGCAAAGCAAUAAAACUAAAGACGAUCCUUUACAUGAACUAUCACUCCGGGCAGAACAAGAAGCUGCAGAGGAAUCUCACAAUCUUACUACAGAAAAGCAAGACAAUAAAACUAAAGACGAUCCUCUACAUGAAAUAUCAGUCCGGGCAGAGCAAGAAGCUGCUGAGAACUGUAAAAUUUUUACAUCAGAAGAACUUAGUCAAAGUUACUUCAUGCCAAAAAAAUUAAUUAAAAAUGCAAUGCGCUAUGUAAAUCAAGUGCAAUCUGAGCACUACUCAAUCCUUAAAAACUGUAGACAGACUUUAUUAGACAAGCAACUAUCUACAGUCAUUAUAAGAAGUAGAAAAAGAAUAGAUACAAUGCAUGGUUGUGUUCAUUGGAGAGUAAGAUUUUUAAAGGCAAUUAACACAGCAAUAUAUUCACAUGAUUGGAAUAAAUUAUUGUAUAUUUUAAGAAAAUCACCAAUAGAUGAACACAUUAAUAAAAAGACAGAAUAUCAUUAUAUUAGGGCAUUAACAAUUUUGUUAAUGAACCAUCCCUAUGCAAAAUCUCAAUCUUUAUUAAAUCAUUAUUUUCACAUGGUCCUGUCCUGUCGCUCUGACCAAGAUAAAAAAGCCUUAUAUAAAGUACUGCUCACUAUGCCUGAUAAACUAAUGGGAUUUAAUGUUUACAAUAGAUUGCACAAUAAAAUGAAUGAUACUGAAAAGUCUAUAGGAAAUGUAUCUAAAAAUCAAAAUGAUUUAACCAAAACUCUGGAAUAAGACAUGUCAAUAUCAGAAAAUGUGAAUAACUUCUAGAAAAGAUAUAAGGAAUUAGAUAACCACAAUGUUGAUGUUGAAUUACUAUGGAAUGAAAUAUGCUUAUGUCUUCAGACAUAUGUUCAUUUUUAAAUGAAACAUUGUUUUAAUUAUUUUAUACACACCAU